AUGGCCGACACUCCCGUCACUCUGCGGACUCGCAAGUUCAUCCGCAACCCUCUGCUUGCCCGCAAGCAGAUGGUCGUGGACGUCCUCCACCCCAACCGCCCCAACGUCUCCAAGGACGAGCUCCGCGAGAAGCUGGCCGAUCUGUACAAGUCCAACAAGGACCAGGUCUCCGUCUUCGGUUUCCGCACACAGUACGGUGGUGGUAAGAGCACCGGCUUCGCUCUGGUCUACGACUCCUCCGAGGCCCUGAAGAAGUUCGAGCCCCACUACCGUCUCGUCCGCAUCGGUGUCGCCAGCAAGAUCGAGAAGGCUUCCCGCCAGCAGCGCAAGCAACGGAAGAACCGUUCCAAGAAGUUCCGCGGUAUUGCCAAGGUCAAGGGCCCCAAGAAGAACAAGGAUUAA